AUGAAUCUGAUCCAAGUUUUACCUGCAAAUUCGUGUCAGGAAGGACACCGACAGCGAGAAAUUUCAGCCACAGAUGUGUUUGCCGAGCUGUGUCCCGAUCUUGGUAGGUUGACUCCGACCGAACAGCAGGAGGCUUGGGAUAUUUCCCAAUCUUUCGCUUCUCAGCUUGGCACAGGAAUUAUGGAAGACGAGCAACCAGGUCCAAAGAGGCCCCGAUACGCUCAAGAACAAACCGAUCAAAACUUCGCAACGGCUCCUUUAGUUCGCUCAGAUGAUGCCAUAGCUGCUCAUAGACCAAAUCCACAACCGGCCUAUCAUGGAACCAAUCAGUAUGACUAUUAUGAAAAUCCAACUCAUAUGUCCACUUAUCUUGAAAAUCUCUGGAUACCCAACCAAAUUUUUCCUGGCGACCGUUACGGUCUCGCAAGUCCAAAGCGUCCUACUUCAGCAGAUCCGUCUAGCAGCAAUUGGGCGAACAUUCAGCUAUUAACUCCCCCAGAUGAACAUUCCUCAACGGUUAGGACUGGUACUAAUUCGUACCUCAGUCAAGCUGAUAGUUUAACUUCUCCAACUGAAUUCCUACCUAUUAUCACUCGGCCAGAUGUCACAGACCCUAGUUUGAAUGUUUACAGCUCAACUUUUGGUCAAAUGCUCAUGAAAUCGGUGGAUGGCAUUCACAUUGAUUCAAAUUGUGAACGCAGUCACCAAGGAAGUUCAAAAUCACUCAGACCUUGUGUCACUAUACAAACAGUUGUCAAAAUGGAUGGAUUAUCACUAUCUUCAGAUUUCAAUACAUCUCCAAAUACCUGA